GGACUUUGAUGAAACAUCCAAGAAUUUUACACUGGAGCUGAUUAUGAAUUUAGAUUUCCAAGCAUUUUCUGAGGAUAUACAAGAUAUAUCGAACGCAGCUACAAUGGAAUUACAAAUUGAAAACGGAAUAAUGAAUAUUGCCUCUAUAUGGAAAAAACAAGGUUUUGAAAUGGCAUAUUCUAGAGAUGGAAUUUACCGUAUCAAAAAUGUUGAUGAAUGCUUCCAACUUCUUGAAGAGCAUAUAGUUCAGAUAUCCGGCAUGAAAUCAACACGCUUUGUAGAGCCUUUUAUUGAUAUUGUAGAUUAUUGGGAAAAAACCUUAUCCUACAUCAGUGAAACUCUGGAAAAAGCGCUUUCAGUGCAACGACAAUGGUUAUAUUUAGAAAAUAUAUUUCAAGGUGAAGAUAUACGAAAGCAACUACCUGAAGAAGAAAAAAGAUUUAUUUCUAUCACAGAUGAAUUUCGAUUAAUCACUGCAAAAAUGUUUGAGGCAAAUACUGCUGUUAAAGCUACUCAUCUACGCGCACCUCCAUUUGUACUUAAUCGAUUUAAUCGAAUGGAUGAACAUUUGGAAUUGAUACAACGUGCUUUAGAAAUUUAUUUAGAAGCGAAACGUCAGCUUUUCCCUAGAUUCUAUUUUAUAUCGAAUGAUGAUCUUUUGGAAAUAUUAGGAAACGCUAAACGACCAGAUUUGGUACAAACACAUUUGAAAAAACUAUUCGACAAUUUAAACAAACUUGAGCUCAGGCGAGUUGGAAAAGCUUUGAGUCGGUGGCAAGCUACUGCUAUGUAUGCGGAUGAUGGUGAGUUUGUGGAGUUCUUGCAAGUCUUGUAUAUAGAUGGUCCUUCAGAACGUUGGUUAAAUCAGAUUGAAGACUUUAUGAUUGCAGUCAUGAAAGAACAAUUAAAACUAACACGAGGAUCCUUAAAAAAGUUAGUCGGAAAUAGAGAAAAAUGGAUUUCACUUUGGCCGGGGCAACUGGUGUUAACGACAGCACAAAUUCAAUUUACAACGGAUUGUACUCGUAGCCUAAUACAUUGCAAAAUGGUUGACCAAAAGAAACCACUUCGCAAACUUAAACGAAAACAGAUAAAAGUACUGAUGAAACUAUCCGAAAUGAGUCGUAAGGAUUUAUCUAAAAUUAUGCGCCUUAAAGUAAACACUCUCAUAACGCUGGAGAUACAUGGAAGAGAUGUCCUGGAACGCAUGUACAAAGCCAACUGUAAGGACAUCGGUCAUUUUGAAUGGUUUUCACAAUUACGUUUUUAUUGGCAUCGUGAGUCAGAACUAUGUGUAAUUAGACAGACAAAUACGGAACAAUGGUAUGGCUACGAAUACACCGGUAACUCUGGAAGAUUAGUAAUUACGCCAUUGACUGAUCGGUGUUAUAUAACUUUAACGACAGCUCUUCAUCUGCAUCGAGGUGGAAGCCCAAAGGGACCAGCUGGUACAGGUAAAACAGAAACGGUAAAAGAUCUUGGUAAAGCAAUAGGUCUAUGGGUGAUAGUAACCAACUGCUCUGAAGGACUAGACUUUAAAAGUAUUGGGAAAAAUUUCUCUGGUCUUGCGCAAAGUGGGUGUUGGGGCUGCUUUGAUGAAUUCAAUCGCAUUAAUAUUGAAGUACUAUCAGUAGUGGCUCAACAAAUUAUGUCUAUAAUGGCAGCUCUUUCAGCUAAUGUAAAAGAAUUUCUGUUUGAAGGUCAGACAAUAAAAUUAAAAAGUACCGUCGGACUCUUUAUAACAAUGAAUCCUGGUUAUGCUGGUCGGACUGAAUUGCCUGAUAAUUUAAAGUCUAUGUUCCGGCCAAUUUCGAUGAUGGUUCCCGAUAAUAUUAUUAUUGCCGAGAAUCUACUAUUCUCAGAUGGAUUCGCGAAUACACGUAGUCUAGCCAGAAAAGUAUUUACACUUUACGAAUUAGCGAAACAACAACUUUCAAAACAGUAUCAUUAUGAUUUUGGUCUGCGCUCUAUGGUAGCAUUAUUACGUUAUGCAGGGCGUAAGCGUAGGCAGUUGCCCAAUACAAAUGAAGAGGAAAUUGUAUAUCUUGCUAUGAAAGACAUGAAUGUUGCACGAUUUACUGCCGCAGAUUUACCGCUUUUUAUGGGAAUAAUGUGUGACAUUUUUCCCGGCGUAAGUCUUCCACAGAUUGAUUAUAGUGAUUUCAAUAUUGCAAUAUAUGAAGAAUUUAAAGAUAAUGGCCUACAAGCUAUACAAAUUGCGGUGAAAAAGGUUAUUGAACUGUUUGAAACAAAAAAUUCAAGACAUUCAGUUAUGAUUAUAGGCGACACAGGAACCGCGAAAUCGGUCACUUGGCGAGCAUUACAGGGAGCAUAUUGUAAAAUGAAUACACAGCGUUUUCAAGGUUGGGAAUCUGUAGCUGUGCAUCCCAUUAACCCUAAAGCCCUUAACCUCGCUGAGUUGUAUGGCGAGUAUAAUUUAAGUACUGGAGAAUGGCUAGAUGGUGUUCUCAGUUCAAUAAUGCGAGUUAUUUGUGCUGAUGAGGAUCCAACGCAGAAGUGGCUUCUAUUUGAUGGACCAGUUGAUGCCGUUUGGAUUGAGAAUAUGAACUCAGUGAUGGAUGAUAAUAAAUUACUUACCCUUAUAAAUAGUGAACGUAUAACAAUGCCACCUCAAGUUUCAUUAUUAUUUGAGGUAGGAGAUUUAGCUGUUGCUUCUCCAGCAACAGUAUCACGUUGUGGUAUGGUGUACAACGAUUAUAAUGAUUGGGGUUGGAAGCCAUAUGUGGACGCAUGGUUGCAAAAGCAAAAAGUUCGAGCGUAUGCUGAUUUUUUGCGCAGUCAUUUUGAAUCCAUUUUACCAAAUUUACUAGAGUAUAAGCACGUACGUUGCAAAGAACCUGUUAAGACAAAUCAAUUAAAUGGGAUUAUGUCACUGUGCAAACUCCUUGAAGGAUUUGGUACGAAGCAAAAUGGUAUUAACCCACAAAAUUUAGAAAUUUUAGAAGAAAUGACAAAAUUGUGGUUUAUGUUUUCAUUAGUAUGGUCAAUUUGUGCAACAGUUGAUGAGGAUAGCCGGCUUAAGCUUGACACUUACAUUCGUGAAAUUGAAAGUUGUUUUCCAAUUAAAGAUACAGUAUUUGACUAUUAUGUAGAUCCAAUCGUAAGGGCAUUUGUUUCUUGGGAGAGUAAGCUUUCAGAUACUUGGCGUUAUGAUGACAGUUCUCCUUUUUAUAAGAUAAUUGUUCCCACUGGAGAUACUAUAAGAUAUGAGUACAUAGUAUCAAAACUACUUGCUGAAGAGCAUCCAGUAAUGAUUGUUGGUAAUGUUGGAACUGGCAAAUCAUCGACAGCAACCAAUGUUAUGGAAGCUUGUGAUAAAACUAAAUUUUGUGUAUUGUAUGUUAAUAUUUCCGCUCAAACGACAGCAGCUGGCCUUCAGGCUACUAUAGAGAACCGUACGGAAAAACGAACAAAGACUCAGUUUGUACCAUUUGGAGGAAAGAGAAUGAUUUGCUUUAUGGAUGACUUCAAUAUGCCUGCCAAGGACACGUAUGGAUCACAACCGCCACUUGAGCUUAUAAGACAAUGGAUUGAUUAUAAAUAUUGGUUCAAUCGCAAAACACAACAAAAAAUUUAUGUCCUUAAUACGUUACUGAUGGCGGCAAUGGGGCCCCCUGGAGGUGGACGUCAGAUAGUUUCACCAAGGACUCAAAGUCGAUUUGUACUUUUAAAUCUAACAUUUCCAACUCAAGAAACAAUUACACGUAUAUUUGGCACAAUGCUUAAGCAAAAACUUGAACGAUUUACAAGCGACGUGCGAGAAAUUUGUUUGCUUGUUACUCAAUCAACGAUUUAUCUCUAUACUGCUAUUAUUGGAAAAAUGCUACCUACCCCAAAUAAAUCACACUAUCUGUUUAACCUUCGGGAUAUUUCUAAAGUCUUUCAGGGGUUGCUGAGAGGAUCUCCAGAACUUCAAACGACAAGGUCUAAUUUUCUUCGACUUUGGAUACAUGAAUGUUUUAGAGUUUUUAGCGAUAGACUAGUUGAUGAUGCAGAUCAAGAUUGGUUUAUUAACACAAUAAAUGAAACCUUAGGUGAAUAUUAUGAAAUAACGUUUCAUAGUCUAUGCCCAUCAAAACAAGCGCCCCUCUUUGGGGAGUUCGCUCACCCUCAAGGAUUCUAUGAGGACUUAAAGUUAGAUACUUUACGUAUCUAUAUGAUUAAUCAAUUGGAUGAAUAUAAUAAUUUUCCUGGAAUGGCUCGUAUGAACCUCGUAUUUUUUAAAGAAGCCAUUGAACAUGUAGUUCGCAUAAUUCGAGUUAUUUCUCAACCACGUGGGCAUAUUUUAAAUAUUGGUAUAGGCGGAUCAGGUCGUCAAGUACUUGCCAAACUUGCAGCUUUUAUUUUAGAAAUGGGUAUCUUUCAAGUUGAAGUUUCUAAGAAAUACAAGGUCGGAGAUUUGCGCGAGGACUUGAAGACGCUCUAUAAAUUGACAGGCAUUAAGCAAAGGCUAACAAUAUUCAUUUUUAGCAGUGAGCAGGUAGCGGAACUAUCAUUUUUAGAAAUAAUAAAUAAUAUGCUCACUAGUGGGGAGAUAAAUUUAUUUAAAUCUGAUGAAUUUGAUGAACUAAAGAGCGACUUAGAAAGACCAGCAAAGAAAGCUGGGAUCGAACUCAAUACUGAAGCCUUAUACUCAUUUUUUAUGCUGAAUAUAAGAGAUUUCAUGCAUAUAGUUCUCUGCUUCAGUCCCAUUGGAGAAAAUUUUCGAAACUAUAUUCGUCAAUAUCCAGCUCUGUUAAGUGCAACGACUCCCAACUGGUUUAGACUAUGGCCUCAAGAAGCGUUGUUGGAAGUUGCAUGCCAUUUUUUGAAAGGAUUUCAGCUUAAUGCCCCAGUUCCUGGAAAAGACGAAAAAAAAGAUAGAGAUAGUUUAGUCGAAACAACUGAGAACGUACUUCAUCGGGACAUACCACAAGCAUUUUCAAUUAUGCAUUCGAGUGUUACAAAAAUCUCACAGCUUAUGUUUGAAGAAGUAAAACGUCAUAAUUAUGUUACGUCUCCAAAUUAUUUGCAGUUAGUAAGUGGCUUUAAGGAUCUCCUUGAAAAAAAAAGAUCAGAAGUAUCCAGCGCUGCCAAUCGAUUGCGUAACGGAUUGUCUAAAAUUGAAGAAACUCAGGAAAAAGUGUCAUUGAUGUCAGAAGAGUUAAAAAUAAGCUCAGAACAAGUAAAAUUACUUGCUAAGGAAUGUGAAGAAUUUAUUGCUAUGAUCGAAAUACAGAAAUCCGAAGCAACGGAACAAAAAGAAAUGGUUGAUGCAGAAGCUGUUAUUAUAAAGCGGGAAGAAGUUAUUUGUUUAGACUUAGCUGCGACUGCUCGUGCAGACUUGGAAGUAGUUUUGCCGAUGAUUGAUGCUGCUGUAAAAGCUUUAGAUGCUCUUAACAAAAAAGAUAUUGCUGAAGUUAAGUCAUAUGGGCGCCCACCUAUGAAGAUUGAAAAAGUUAUGGAAGCCGUAUUAAUACUCCUUGGGAAGGAACCUACAUGGGAAAAUGCUAAAAAAGUACUUAGUGAAUCUACUUUUCUAAAUGAUUUAAAAAAUUUUGAUCGUGAUCACAUCUCAGAAAAAACACUUAAGCGUAUAGCAUUAUACACAAAAAAUCCUGAAUUGGAGCCUGACAAAGUAGCAGUUGUAUCAGUUGCGUGUAAGUCAUUAAUGUUAUGGAUUAUGGCUAUUGAAAACUACGGCAAAGUUUAUCGUAUUGUUGCACCCAAGCAAGAGAAAUUGGAUAACGCUAUGAGGUCAUUAGAGGAAAAACAAGCAGCAUUGGCAGCAGCUAAAAAAAAACUUGAAGAACUGCAAGCUGUCAUAGAAGAGCUUUAUCGACAGCUCAACGAAAAGACCGACCUACUUAAUGAGUUACGUGCUAGGGAAGAACGAUUACGAAAACAAUUAGAACGUGCUAUUAUUUUGGUGGAAUCAUUGUCAGGGGAGCGUGAACGUUGGAUAGAAACAGUUGCUCAAUUAGACAUUGCCUUUUUAAAAUUGCCUGGAGACUGUUUGCUAUCUAUUGCUUUUGUGACUUACUUGGGUCCAUUUGAUACAAAAUAUCGAGAAGAUUUGCUUAAUAAGUGGAGAUUGCUUAUUAAAGACUUACUUAUACCAUCCACUGCUGAGCUAAAGCUUACGGUAUUUCUCUGCGAUGCCGUUUCUAUUCGAGAAUGGAAUAUUCAAGGUUUACCUGCUGAUGACUUAAGUACAGAAAACGGAGUUAUUGUAACUCAGGGAAGUCGAUGGCCAUUGAUCAUUGAUCCGCAAAUGCAAGCAAAUAAUUGGAUUAUGAAGAUGGAAGAACACAACCAGCUUAUUAUCAUUGAUUUAGGUAUGUCAGAUUAUCUUCAACAAAUAGAACUUUCAAUUCGAGAAGGGUUUCCUGUACUUUUACAAAAUGUUGGAGAAAGUCUUGACCAGGCUAUUUACCCUAUUCUUCGCCGUAGUUUUACAAUGCAAGCGGGGGAAAAACUUAUUAAAUUUAAUGACAAGUAUAUAUCUUAUAACGAUAAGUUUCGAUUUUAUAUUACAACUAAGAUAUCGAAUCCACAUUAUCCACCCGAAAUAUCAUCGAAAAUGACGAUAGUAAACUUUGCCUUAAAACAAGAUGGAUUGGAAGCUCAGCUAUUAGGAAUUAUUGUUCGGAAAGAAAAACCAGCUUUGGAGGAACAGAAAGAUGAUCUAGUAGUAACCAUCGCACGUAAUAAACGGACACUAAUUGAUCUAGAUAAUGAGAUUUUACGCUUGUUAAAUGAAAGUAGAGGAUCUCUUCUGGAUGAUGAUAAAUUAUUUUCAACAUUACAGAAGUCCCGACAAACGUCUGUUCUAGUAAAAGAAUCAUUAAGCAUUGCUGAAGUUACUGAAAUAGAGAUUGAUGCUGCGAGACAAGAGUAUAAGCCAGCAUCCGUCCGCGCUGCGAUUCUAUUUUUUGUGUUAACGGAUAUGUCUAAAAUUGAUCCAAUGUAUGUUUUUUCUUUGGCAGCAUAUAUUUUACUUUUUACGCAAUCAAUUGAACGCAGUCCACGAAAUCAAAUUGUACAUGAGCGAAUUCGUAAUAUUGAUGAAUAUCAUACUUAUUCGGUUUAUAGAAAUACAUGCCGUGGACUUUUUGAAAGACAUAAGCUGCUUUUCUCAAUUCAUAUGACUGCUAAAAUACUUUCAAAUGCUGGAAAACUGGUCGAAGAAGAGUAUGAUUUUAUAUUAAAAGGUGGCAUUGUCGUAGAUAAACAGGGCCAGGCACCUAAUCCAGCAAAAUGGUGGAUUAGUGAACAAAAUUGGGAUAAUAUAACAGAACUUGAUAAAAUUCCUGGAUUUCAUGGUAUUAUAGAUUCAUUUGAAACAAAUUUUAAAUUGUGGAACGCUUGGUAUGCUACUGCUUUCCCUGAGCAGGAAGACUUAAUUGGCGAAUGGAAUGACAAGCUCACGGAUUUCCAGAAAAUUUGCGUAGUUCGUUCGCUACGACCAGAUCGAAUCAGUUUUUGUAUGACACAAUUUAUUAUCAGCAAAUUAGGCCCUAGAUAUGUUGAACCGCCAGUUCUAGACCUUAAGGCCGCAUUUGAUGAAUCGCUUUCGCAGACCCCACUUAUAUUUGUUUUAUCACCUGGAAUAGAUCCAACUCAAUCUUUAAUCGGUCUUUCAGAAACAGUCAAAAUGUCCCAGAGAAUGUUUUCCCUUAGUCUGGGCCAAGGCCAGGCGCCUGUAGCUACGAAACUAAUAAUGGAUGGUAUCAAAGAUGGUAAUUGGGUAUUUCUUGCUAAUUGUCAUUUAUCUCUAAGUUGGAUGCCAACACUUGAUAAAAUGAUAGCAACUAUGCAGUCAAUCAAGCUACAUAAAAAAUUUAGGCUCUGGUUAAGUUCUAGCCCCCAUCCAGAUUUUCCUAUAUCGAUAUUAGAAACAAGUAUAAAAAUGACUACUGAACCUCCACGUGGAAUUAAAGCAAAUAUGAAGAGGCUGUAUAAUAAUAUAAAUGUUGGAAAUAUGGACAUAUGUAAAGAGCCAAGUAAAUAUAAAAAACUACUUUUUUCUCUUUGCUUUUUCCAUACAAUUCUUUUGGAACGGAAAAAAUUUCAACAACUAGGGUGGAACGUAAUAUACAGCUUUAAUGAUUCAGAUUUUGAAGUGUCGGAAAUUUUAUUGCUAUUAUAUUUAAAUGAAUAUGAAGAAACACCGUUUAAUGCAUUGAAAUAUUUAAUAGCUGGAGUUAAUUAUGGAGGCCAUGUUACUGAUGAUUGGGAUCAGAGACUUUUGUCGACAUAUAUAAAUCAAUUCUAUAACGAGCAAGCAUUAAAAACUCGGAAGUUUCGGUAA